CCUGUUUUUUCCAAAACAAUUUUUGGAUUUGUUUUUGUUUGAAUGAAAAAUUCUUUAUAAAAAAUUACGAAAUAAAUCGAUAAAUCCAUAAUGGAAGUUGAUGAUAACGAACAAAUUGAAAUCAAAGACGAUUCAAAAAUGAAUGAAAAACAACCGCCGAUAAAUGAAAAACCACCACCGAUUUGUGUUAUAAUUCUUGGUAUGGCUGGUAGUGGUAAAACAUCAUUAUGUUCAAAAAUGGUUCAACAUUUAUUCGGGAAAAAUAGACCGCCAUAUGUAAUCAAUUGUGAUCCAGCAUGUCAUCGGGUAGAUUAUCCAUGUAAUAUUGAUAUUCGUGAUUCAAUACAUUAUAAAAAUGUGAUGGAAAAAUAUCAACUUGGCCCAAACGGUUCAAUUAUAACAUCAUUGAAUUUAUUCGUAACACGUUUUGAUCAGGUUUUAGACCUUGUUGAUAAACGUAAACAAUCAUAUGAUUAUGUUUUACUGGAUACACCUGGUCAGGUAGAAGUGUUUACAUGGUCAGCAUCAGGUUCAAUAAUAACCGAAUCGCUAGCAUCGAAAUAUCCAACCGUAAUACUAUUUGUUAUCGAUACUGUACGUAGUCAUAAUGCAACAACAUUUAUGUCGAAUAUGUUAUAUGCAUGUUCAAUAAUGUAUAAAUAUAAACUACCAAUCAUUGUUGCAUUGAAUAAAACCGAUAUUAUUGAUCAUCAAUUUGCUAUUGAAUGGAUCAGAAAUUCAGAGAUAUUCGAAGCUGCUAUUAAUGAAGACCAAACAUAUAUGGCCUGUCUCAAUCAAUCAUUAGUAUCAGCAUUAGACAUAUUUUACCAAGAUUUAUCUGUUAUUGGUAUUUCAUCCAAAACUGGUGAAGGUUUUACCGAGCUAUUUGAUGCAAUUGAUGAGGCCAGAAAAGAUUAUGAACAAAAUUAUCGUAUUGAAUUACAACAACAACAAAAUGAAUCACAAACCAUUGAAGAAUUGCAACAAAAAACGGAUAAAAUAUCAUUAAAUGAUGAUAAUAAAGCCGGAACUGAAUCCACAACAACAACAAAGGAAGAUUUGAUUACAUUUGGUAAGCGAAGAAUAAACUUGGAUACCUAAUACCUAUAGGUAUACGACAACAAUAUUUCGAAAAAACAAAGCUUUUUUCUCUUUAUACACCGUUAUUGAAGAUAACCGAAGCAAGCAAACAACAUUCAUAUCAAAACGAUUUUGAUAAAUAAUUCAUCUCGUUGAAUAAUGUUUGUUUGAAACCAAAUUAAACUAAUGGAAUUAUGUUGAAUGCCAUAAUGUUUUAAUAAAAAAUUUCAUUCAUCAGGUUUUC